CCCAGGCCUGUGCCCGCUCGACACAAUAGGAUUCUUAUCCGCAGCUGCGCCUCUGACCGCCUCCAUCUCUGUCAUUCGCACGCACCUCUGCUGUCCUCCACCGCACCGCCGCCGCCGCCGACGCGCACAGCGUGACACAGAGUCAGCCAGCACACGCUCUGGUGCGAGCUCGCACCCUCACGCACACCCCCUUUGAGGCCCCCCCGCGCGCGCGCCCUGCACCACUCGCAAGGCUCCACUCGAGCGAGUCUGUGUGCGCGCGUCUCACCAGCCAGCCAGCCCAGUGCCUUACCCCCGCCGCCCGCACAGCUCGCUCGCUCGCUGGCGUCCUACACACAAUGUCCACCGUCACUGCCGCGGCACCGACGACAAGGAUGCAGAGUAGUACUACGGCGGCCACGGCAGACCCGAGCCAAAGCACGGCCACGCCUGCAACGUCCACCACCAACACAACAACCCCUGGCAAGCUGCAGCACACGGCCUACCAGCAGCGCCAGCAGCGACCACGGCCCCCUCACCACACCGCCUCGUCGACAUCGUCCACUUCAACCACAAGAUCACUCACUCUCACUUCUCCUACUGCAAACGCACCACCACCCUUGCCAGACAAUAUGCCGAGCUCGAGCAGCGCAGCGCCAACAUUCCAAGGCCGCCUUACCGUCUCUCCGCAGCAAGGCUUGCAGCGCCAGCCGUCUUCCUCGGCUCCCUUGCUACGGACCAACGCGCCAGUGACCGCGGCCUCAGCGCCAGUCUACCAGACGAUCCACCCAGGCUGCGUGCUGUGCGGCAUUGUCGCGACCGCCAGCUCCCAGACCAACUUUACCUCGUCGCCGCCCCGCUACAACUCGUCUGUCCCCACCUCUCCAAUCGACGCCCGUAUCCCCCUCGCACCAGCACGAGCUGCCAGUCCAGACAUUUACAGGCCCGGCACACCAGACAUCCUGCGUGGAGGGGCGCCUGCGCGCCCAACAGUCCCCGGGUCGGGGUCGCCCACAAACGGCCGCAGCUCAUCAACGCAAGACUCGUAUGUCUCGGGGCGGCACAUCAUCUACCGCGACGACGACAUUACCGUCUACCCCGCCGACGACGCCGACGCGCUGUGCGGCGGAGGGCGCCAUUUGACCAUUGUUCUCAACAGGCACCUCACCAGCGUCUACCAGUUUGGCCCCACCGAUCUGGCGCUCCUCUCCCACAUCACAGCCACCGCCAGCAGGCUCCUGCUCGCGACUGCGGCCAAGUCGCCAGAGGCCGCAGACCGCAUCUUCGGCGCAAAGGACGUGUCGGUCGGUUUCGUCAAUGGAAUGCCCCGCGACCCGCGCUCCCCGUAUGCGCACCUUCACGCCCAGGCCUUCCUCGGCCCCUUUGAAAAGUCACUGCCGGGUUCCACGUUGUGGCGGCGAAACGUCGUGUUCGGCACGCUGAACUGGUGGGCGAUUCCCGACCUCAUCGCCGAGAUUCGUGAGGAGACGUCCAACAACAGGAUCAAGUCGGGCUAUGAGAACCUCAGACCAAAUGCUCCGCUGAGCAAGGUGCCGGACGCGGGUGCGGCCGAGGGCUUCCCCAAUGUCCUCAACCCGCCAUCCUACACGGACAACACGCCACCAAAGGUCCCCCUUGACAAGGGCAAGAGCAUCUCGGACAUCCAGGACACGGACCCGUACGCCGAGACGCCAACGCGCAAGUCCAAGUCGACCCUUGACCGCAAGAGCUCGGCAGCGUCGACCAUCACCAUCAGGCCACCUGUGCCCGCCGCCGAGGCGGACGCGUGGACGGCCAUUGACCUGGGCGGCAGCCCAGAAGGCAGCGCGCGCACGUCGCUGCAGAGCUCGACGACGAGCUCGAACCGCAGCUCGCUCCAGAGCCCCACCAUUUCCAAGGCGUAAUGUGGCGCCGAACACUCCUGACUGUCUCGCACCACGACGUCGCCAUUCCACCCACACACCCCCCACACUUCGGUUACCUGCACAAAACUACCACGCGGUCGCACCGAACACGAUCAAGCACGCGGCGAUAGAGGCCGCGCGCACCUGCAUGGGCAUGAGGAUUCAUUAUGCAUUAUUCAUGGUUUGAGG